AUGAAGUUCCUUGCUCUUUCUACUAUCGUUGCUAUUGCUACUUGUGCUGUUGCUACCCCUGCUGGUCAUAUGGAUUUGGCCAAGCGUGCUAUUGUUGAGACCAGAACCACUGUUAUCAAUGGUCAAACUCAACUCCAAGUAAUUGACGUUGUUCCUGCAACUUUCUUAACUGUCACCAGCACUCCUGUCGUAACUGUCACUAGCACUAGCAGCUCCAACUCUUACAUCUUUACUUUUGAUAAUGAAGACCCAGAAUCUAUCAUUUCUAGACUUAGAAAUGCUAUCUUCAACUCGGACAGUCUUUUGGAUGGCACUGCCAGUUCCAGCUCUGACUCUUCCUCAAGCUCUGAAUCUUCCAGCGCCGAGUCCUCCUCAAGCUCUUCUGCUUCCAGUUCUGACUCUGCUUCAAACUUCUCUGCUUCCAGUUCUGACUCUGCUUCCAGUUCUGAUUCUGCUUCCAGCUCUUCUGCUUCCAGCUCUUCUGCUUCUAGUUCUGACUCUGCUUCCAGUUCUGACUCUGCUUCCAGUUCUGAUUCUGCUUCUGCUUCCAGUUCUUCUGCUUCAAGCUCUUCUGCUUCUAGUUCUGACUCUGCUUCCAGUUCUGACUCUGCUUCCAGUUCUGACUCUGCUUCCAGUUCUGAUUCUGCUUCUGCUUCCAGUUCUUCUGCUUCCAGUUCUUCUGCUUCAAGCUCUUCUGCUUCAAGCUCUUCUGCUUCAAGCUCUUCUGCUUCAAGCUCUUCUGCUUCAAGCUCUUCUGCUUCCAGCUCUGAUACUGCUACCACCGCCGCUGCUGCAUUUGCUGGUGUUACUGGUGUCGCUUUCUAA